UUCCCAUUGUGUUGAGAAUCUGUCGGGAGUGUUUGACUAUUAACAGGGGUUUAAGUAAAGCAUAAAAGUGUUGUUGUUGUUGUUGUUGUUGUGAAACAAGGACCCCAGUGCCAUGCCCAGACCCACAUCUCAGGACCUGGCCGGAUUCUGGGACCUCUUGCAGCUUUCCAUUGAAGACGUCACUGCCAAAUUCGAAGAGCUGCAGCAGAUCAAGAGCAACCAGUGGCAGCUGGUUGAAAGUCCUGAGAAGAAGGAUCGCAAGUGGAUCCCCCCUCCGACCAAGAGGCCCGCCAGGGGCCGUGGCGGCUUGAUGCGGGAGCGGUCCCUGGACCUCCAGGACCGCCAGCGUCAGGAAGCCCGCAGACGGCUCAUGGCCGCCAAACGGGCGGCGUCCUUCAGACAGAACUCGGCCACCGAGCGCGCAGACAGCAUCGAGAUCUACAUCCCGGAAGCUCAGACGAGGCUUUGAGGUUCCUCGGAUUCAUCCUUGAUCUCUUUCUUCGUCGCUUCCAAAAUUAUUUAUUUAUUUAUUUCCCAUCCAACACCAGCUCUCGAGCUUCCGUCACCCACUUCAAGAUCUGUUGGGUCCUUACGCUUCUAGCCUUUAUUUAACUAAAAAUGUAUCCUCCAGAUCAAUUAAAAUCUUUAUUUUGAGGGGUGUGGUGCUUGCAGCAAGCUCAAACGGAACUCCUCACCUUCAGCCACCAAUAGCUCAUGAAGAGCCUUGUCGAUGAGCUGCUGUUGCCCCGAAUCAACAUUUAAUUUAUGGAUUCCCCAUUGUAAAUUGAAAAAAAAAAAUGGUUCUGUUUGUUAGUGAAGUCGUAAUGCUUAAAGGGGAAAAUCCAGUGCUUUGCAUGAACAGUGUAUCCCAUUUUUUCAUGUAAUAUGUACUCGAUUUUUACAAUGAGAUGUUAAAUCCUCUCUCACAUAGUGUUUUGAGAAGAUUUUUUAUUGACAAUUCUG